AUGGGCGAGGGUAUCGCUUUUGUAAGCGCCGUUUUUGUGCGCGCACCGCAGGUGCUCGUCUAUGAUGUGAAUGCAACACAGGUCGACAAAGCCAUUCGCUCAAUAAAAUUGCAGGUGGAAAAGAUGUACAAGCGCCGCAUGAUUGACAAAUCUACCGCUGAUGCUGCGUGUAACAGCGUUAAGCCAGUAUAUUCAUUGGAAGAGCUCGCCAAGGGCGACGCACCGGACUUUGUCAUCGAGGCGGCUACAGAGAACUUGGAGCUCAAGCUGCAGCUAUUUACAGAGCUAGCAAAAUUGCUGCCACUAAACACUGUCUUGGCGAGCAAUACUUCUUCGCUUUCUCUCACAGACCUCGCCUCCGCAGCCGCACGCGGUGCACGCCCUGAAGAUGCCGCAAGCAGCGCCGCGCGUGUGGUUGGCAUCCACUUCUUCAACCCAGUGGCGGUAAUGCGCUUGAUUGAGGUUGUGCCUGCUUUGCAGACGAGCAAGGAGGUGAUUGAGUGUGCGUUUGUCUAUGCAAAGGCAUGCAAAAAGACUCCCGUGCUUUGUGUGGACACGCCGGGCUUUAUCGUGAACCGCAUCAACAUUGUGUCUUUGCGCGAAGCGAUUCUCAUGUACGAGUCAAAAGCCGCAUCACUUGAUGACAUAGAUCGGAGCAUGCAGUAUGGCAUGGGACACAGGCUCGGGCCCCUGCGCCUUGCCGACUUCAUCGGAUUGGAUACGGCCAAAUCCAACGGCAACAAAUACUGGGAAAACCUGGACGAGCAGCCUGGCCGUACGCGCUGGGUGGACUUCCGGGAGCACGACUUUGAUUCUUCACAGCUGGACCCGAUCUGGCACGCAUGGGUGAGCUAUAUUCGCGCUGUUCCGCCGAGCGUUGACCAAUCGCUCGGUCACUUUGUCCACGACUGGCAGUUGUACGACUGGAUGCCCCAGAUUGCAACACGAGAGGGCUAA